UGGGAGCGACUGCUAGGGUCUGGGGUUUAUUCAUUGAAUUAAAAGUCACGCUGGCAAACUCGUUAAGUCGGGCUUGCAUUUUCCAGGCCAAAGUUUCGUUUACGAUUUAUCCACAAUUAAAGUAGCUGGUUCACCUGUAAAAUAUUUAACGAUGUGUGAUAUACCUUUUAAACGUUAACAAGUUAACAACUCUGUGAGGACUUGGGUGCGAAGACGAUGUCGGACUUGGUCUAAAGAGUAGUAAAGAAUAUAAACGAGGUGUCUCCUGGCGUUCAGUGCUGCACAAGUUAUAAAUCAAGCGUUGUCGUUGUAGAAAGCUAACAACAUCGCUAUGGAGGAGCAAGCUAUUGGGAAAGUAUCCUCACGAAGUAUAAAAAACGACUCAUGCAGUGCCGGAAAACUAUGCAGAACAAUGAUCAGGUCCAUAGCUAUCUUUUUUGCGAUAUCCACGUUAUUUAUUCUUAUAAAACUGUCGGAUGUCUACUCUUUAAAGCAGAUACCUGUGCGUUACCCAAUUCCUGCUGCAAAGGUUGUGACUAAGGAAAGCCAAACCACUACGUAUCCUGAUACGAAGGUAACUCUUGGCCCGCCCGGCAAGCCUAAGCUGAUCCUGUCCUGGACCCCUGGACCCGGGUGGGACUACAUGCACCUCAGAGACUACGCCAAGCCGGUCUUUAAAUCCCUUGGCUGUAAAAUAGACAACUGUAUCUACACUGAGGAUAAGUCUUUGGCUGAUAAAAGCGACGCUAUUGUUUUUAUAGCCAGAAGUUUGGGAAGGAAACCUAAAAAACUGCCUCACCAGCGCUGGGUGUGGGUGACGCACGAGAGCUCGUGCUACUCCGGGGAAGCCGGUGGUGCUUGGGCGGGAAUGUUUAAUUGGACGAUGACAUUUCGGCGAGAUUCCACAAUUUUUACACCGUAUCAGUUUGUUGUGGAGCGGGAAAAACCCCUUGCCAAGAAUUUCACGGCAAUAGCACUGAAGAAGACGAAGUCAGUAGCUUGGAUGGUCAGUAACUGUCACACUAAGAGUAAUCGAGAGAGAUAUGUCGCAGAGUUGAAGAAGCUUAUCCCCGUUGACGUGUACGGUGGGUGUGGUCCGUUAAAAUGUUCCAAACGGGACAACGAAAGAUGCCUGGAGAACAUUAAUAGGGACUACAAGUUUUACCUGUCCUUUGAGAAUAGUAUUUCAACGGAUUACGUCACAGAGAAAUUUUGGAAAAUGUUGGAUCGUGACAUAGUGACGGUAACAAGAGGUCCGGCCAAUUAUUCCAGGGUUGGAAUAAAACCCGAAUGGCACAUCAACACAAACGACUUUAAAUCUCCAAAAGAUUUAGCAGCCUACCUGAAAUAUUUAGACAAAAACGUGACGGCUUAUGUUCAAUAUUUAGAGUGGAAGAAUCAGUACACCACAGGGAACCGACUGAAGGCGUACUGCGACCUCUGCGCCAAGUUAAACGACCCCAGUGAGCCAGUCACGUGGUUCCGGCCAGGGACGCUGGCCAACUGGUUUAACAAGGGUCACUGUAUAGCACCCAAAGACUUGAAUUUUAAACGUAGAAAAAGACGCCAAACAGACACUUUUAUAUAUUAAGAUGGACAUGGGGUGCUUAUUUUUUUUAACAUGCUAAGUCAAUUGUUUAGACUGCAGUCAAGGGACGUGUUUGAGUAGUUUUAGAUAUUUUCCCGGUGAUUAAAUCAUGCUACACAAUUUUAAGAAUUUAAUCGGCGUACGAAGAUAAAUGAUGUAAUGCUACUGAUACAGUUUUAGAUUGGUGAUUAAAAAUUACAAUAUUGUUUA